UUUGUGUUGUUCACAGAUGUCCCCGGUGAGGGCGUGACUCGCUGGCGGCCAUGUCGUCGUAGCCGACAUCUUCUUGCUUCUUCUGGUGUGACACAGCCACCAUGGGCGGCUCGGGCGUCUCCGACGAGUACACCCCCCCGCGGCUCUCGCGGCUUCUGCACGCGCUCCCCCACAUUAACGUCACGCUACACCGCGUCAACGACACGUUCGCGCCCGACUCGCCCGUCUACCUCGAGAGCCUGGGUAUCCUCGGCUCCAUCCCUGGAGCAUGGCUGAUCCUGACCCUGACGGUGCUGCUCAUCUACCUGCUGACGAGGUGCUGCGACAGGAAGCAGCGCCCGCCCAGGAGCAUCACUGCUCUGAAGAUAACCCUCAUGAUCUUAUCAGUGUUGUGCUGCGGCGCUAUAGGCGUAGGUCUCUUCGGCAACGACGAUCUUCACAACGCCAUGCUGCAGAGCAUCCAGGCUGGAAACCAACUCGCGGCGCUGGUGAACACUGUCAAGAACCAGUCAAGCAUCCUGGAAGAAGCGAUGGGUUCUCGCGCCCGCGCGCCGCUCGCGCGCCUCGCCGACGCGCUGGACGCGCCCGUCUCCAACCAAACGGCGCUGGGCACGCUGCUGCGCGCGCUGUCCACUCUGAGGAACAAUGCCUCCGCUGCGGCGUCCGCGGCGGAUAAUCUGAGGAGGCCGCUGGCGCAGCUCAAUUUGGAUGCUUUUAUGAAGCGCGCUUGGGUGUGGGAGGCGGCGCGCUGGGCGGGCGGCAUGGCGGGCUGGUGCUGCGGCGGCGCGGUGUGCGUGGCGCUGCUCGCGGCGGCGGCGCGACGCUCCCGGCGUGCGUUGCUUCUGCUCUGUGUGGGAGCCCUGGGCGCGCUGGUGGCGUGCUGGCUGGCCGGCGCGCUGCUGACGGCGGGCGCGGUGGCGGCGGCCGACGCCUGCCAGGACCCCGCCUCGGCGCUCGCCAACUACGCGCCGCACAGGCUGCCGCUGGACAUGGUGCACUACUACUUGUCGUGCAAGGUGUCGCGCGAGAACAUCCUCACAGCCGAGCUGCGGAACGCGCAGCGCGCGGUGGUCGCCGUCCGGCAGGCCCUGGCUAUACUGUCGCGCGGCGCGCCGCAACUGUUCAACGACCCUGCGCUGCAGCCAGCUUUAGGAGCCCUCGGCGCCGGCACGGGCGAGGCGGAGCGCGCGCUGGUGUCGCUGAGCGGCGCGCUGGAGUGCCGCAUGGCGCGCGCCUACUUCGUGGCCGGCGCCCGGGCCGCCUGCGACGCGGGGCUGCAGGCGUUGUCCCUGCAGCUGUUGGCGGCCAUCGCGGCCGGUUUCCUCUUCACGGCCAUCGUUCUCGUCGACUCGCACGCCUGGAUCUACAUUAACACCAAACGCGCCGGAACCGGCGAAGAGCAGGCGCCGUUCCUGUCGAGCGGCGGCAGCAGCGCCUGCAGCCGCACCCUGCCCCGCCCCGCGCCUUUCCCCAACGGCAAACCGCCCAGCUACAGCGCCGCGGUGCAACUGUGCGAUCUCGACCAGCGACCCAGCAGAUCGCGCAUGUCGGGCAGCGCGACGCUCGGGCGCGGCGCUAGCAGCUCGCUGGGCGCGGAGGCGCUCGGCGGCGCGCACGCGCACACGCUCGGCCGCGCGCCGCACAACGGCAAAUACGCCACCCUCAGCAAGCAGUGCAAGACGCUCGAGAGCAACGACUUCUACUGAGAUAGGCCCGGCGGCGCGCUCAACACCGAACUUAACAAG